AUGAACUCCUUCCUUGUCAGCUUCCAUGUCAACGGCCCGGCGCCGUCACUGCUCCACGUUAGCCCCGGAAGUGUCCGCCCCUCCAUACACAUAUACACCCUUUAUCCUUUGUUAGUGGGCUCGGACGUUAUUCCAAGUUGA